GUAUCGCACCAUAGGCUUGGUUGGUGAGGGGAAAAGCUGGAUUUGCUUGUGAAACGUAGCUGAACCAGCAGAGCGCUUUUUGGCGGCGAGUGAGAAAGGAGGCCGAUUAGGCUGAGUCAAUCAGUUUGAGUUUGGCGAUGCUAUUGAAAGGGACACAGUACGCUCACGUGUGCUCGCGCGAAACAGGAAUAAAGUUGGGGUUGAAACAGUAGGCCAUCGUAGCAAGCGGUGCCAUUCUUAGUAUCGAUUUUUUCUGCGCUUCACCGCGGCAACCAACUUACGACUCAGCGCCUCCCACUUCGUCUCACACAGUCCUCUUUUGGAUUGCAGUGGGAUUUUAGUAACUUGAAUCAGUGUAAUAUUUUUUUUCGUACAUGGGUUUACGGAGACGUACAAUCGAUUCUGCCGAUAUGGCCCAAACUGUUCCUCGAGAAACCUGGGUAUCGACGAACAAAAUUCUUAAUAGUAGCAUGAGUGCAAAGCGCAUGAAUAGCCGCAAUCCGAAUUUCGACUAUGAUGAAACUAAAUUGCUAAUUUCAUUGUGGGGUGAUCCGCAAGUACAGAAAACCUUAAUCACCACCCACAAGAAGCAUCCGGUAAUUGCAGAGCUCGCUCUAAAAAUGCGUGAAUAUGGCUACAAUCGCUCGACGGAGGAAAUUAACACGCGCAUAAAAAAUCUUAAGUGUUUUUACAAUCGCAUAAAAAAGGACAUGGCAGCCGGAAUAAUUAACCAAACAACCUGGAAGCACUUUGGCGAAAUGGACGAAAUCAUAAGCCGCCCUGUGUUCGGCAAUGCCCAUCGACUGCACAUGAUCCAACAACAGAAGCAGCAGCAGGAAGAAGAGGAACUGAAAAAACAAAUCCUCGAACAACAGGAACAGAUGCAGCGUUUUCCUGUCAAGCUAGAGGUGAUGAGCGACGAUGAUUCCACGGAAAUUCGAGCUGAAGAUUUGCUAACUAUAGACACUAAUCCACCGGACGAUUCCGGCGCACUCGAGAAAGAUGAGCUAAACAUUAAAGAGGACCAAAAACAUGAGGAGGAAGAUGAUGAUGAUGACGAUGAUGAUGAUGAUAGUGACUUCGAUGUAGAAAACGAGUUCAACGAUGGUCUAGACGAAUUACUUUCCAAGGCAAAGGCCGUACCACAAUUGUCACCUUCAAAUCAAUCAACUCCAAGAACAGUCAAUAGCAGCGAAUCAGUGAUUCAUACAGCUACCAGCACCCAAACCACACCCGUAAGCUCACAAGGCAAAAUAUCUGUGGUCCCAACAAACCUUCUACUAAAACCGCCCACAUCAAACGUUCACAUCAGCUCACCAAUCCAAAUCUACACACAACCAACGGUCAGUUUGUCAAAACCACCUGCACUGGCACCUGCACCGCAAGGAGUCAUUACAUCGUCUUCAACAAGUGGGACAAUUGCUCCAAUGAAACUUUUACUGGUGAACACGGUUUCAAAAGAUGGAACUACACAGCAAAUUCUAACACCAGCAUCGGAAGUUCCAAAAAUGCCUCAGAUGCGACCGGCUCCCAUACUUGCACCGAAACCAUCCGUGAUACCAAUUGCUCCAAAACCACCAGUUGUGAGCAUUCCAGCCAUAAACGUACCUCAGAACCAAGCCCCGAUGGUUACAGUAGCUGCUAAAAAAGUGAAGCCGGGCCUACUGAAUGGAGAAAAAUCUGCUGGCUUCAAAGCCUUGCUUGGCCAACUAAUCACGGUUCAGCGUGAAAGUUUAGAAGUUUCGAAAGCCAGAUUGGAGCUGGAGAAGGAGCGACUUGAGUUUGAAAAGCAGAUUGGCGGUCCUCUAGUCGAUGUUGUGCGAAAUUUGAAUGGAUUUUUCAACGGAUUUAUUCAACAGCAUCAGAAACAAAGCCAAAAACCGAAGUUGUCUGCUGCAGAAGAUAUCGGACAACCUGUCCCCAAGAAAAAACGCUCAGAAAACAGCGAAAACAAACAACAGCAACGUACUGUUACAACUGAAACCAUCAAAGCUGAAGUGAUUAGUGAUAAUGAAAAAAACUAAAAAAAAAUAAUUUAGUUUACAUUCCUU